UGCUCGUUCCCUCGCGACCGCAGCGCGCGAGCCCCGUGUCCCCGCGGCGGGCGGCAGCGGCGGCGUCCAGCGGAGGGGGCAGAGGGAGCCCGCGGCGGCGGCGGCGGCUACAGCGAAAUGGCGGAGACCGUGGCGGACACCCGGCGGCUGAUCACCAAGCCGCAGAACCUGAAUGACGCCUACGGGCCGCCCAGCAACUUCCUCGAGAUCGACGUGAGCAACCCACAGACCGUGGGGGUCGGCCGGGGCCGCUUCACCACCUACGAAAUCAGAGUCAAGACAAAUCUUCCAAUUUUCAAGCUGAAGGAAUCUACCGUUAGAAGAAGAUACAGUGACUUUGAAUGGCUGCGAAGUGAAUUAGAAAGAGAGAGCAAGGUUGUAGUUCCUCCACUCCCUGGGAAAGCAUUUUUGCGCCAACUUCCUUUUAGAGGUGAUGACGGAAUAUUUGAUGACAAUUUUAUUGAGGAAAGGAAACAAGGACUGGAGCAGUUUAUAAACAAGGUCGCUGGUCAUCCUCUGGCACAGAAUGAACGUUGUCUUCACAUGUUUUUACAGGAUGAAAUCAUAGAUAAAAGCUAUACUCCCUCUAAAAUAAGGCAUGCCUGAAAUUUGGUGAGAAGGGGCAAAAAUGUGACCAUUCGUGAUUCAUGGGCACCAGUGAAGAAGUUCUAACUAACUUUAGCAUGCUGCACAGAAACUGGUAGAACAUGCCUUCAGUAUACUAAUACUCAUGUGCUCAGUUUUGUUUCCUUUUGUUUUGGCAGUUGACAAGAAGUUAAUUUGCUUUAGUGAAAAUCCCUCAUCCCCGCCUUUCUCUAUAAAUGACUCCUCCUCGCUGUUUUAAUGUGGUGCACACUAUAGCCUCACCAGCCUUCCAGUACAAUCUGCAGUGUCCUAACUAAAGUUACUUUGUCUUAUUUGCACAGUUUUUGUGUCAUGUUUGCUUCUUGAAUCUGAUGAACUAGAAUAUUUCUCUCCCCCCUUUUUAAUGUGUGGUGUCACUUGACCUAAUUUAUGUGUAGGAGCACUACACCGUUUGUUUCCAGAACCAACCACGUGAGAUACACAUUUGUGUGCAAAAAGUUUCUUCCUUCAGGCCUGUAAUACCCUUCACAUGGAAGAUUAUGAGGGAAAUCUUUAUAUUCUGUAUAAAAAUAAAAUAAAAUUUAUAUACUAAAAUCAUUUGUCUAAAAAUUUAAGUUGUUUUCAAAUAAAAAUUAAAAUGCAUUUCUGACAUGCA